AUGGUGGUAUUAAAACCUGUCAAAGAUUCAUUUGAUGGUACAGAUGAAAUCAAGAUGUUGGAUUACCUAGCUUCAUCUCUUGAAUUGGCAUCGCAAAAUGUUGUUGUUCAUCCUAUUGAAGAUCGCAUCUUCAAGCUAUGCAACCUUGGGGAAAGAUAUGCCGCCUUGAAUGUGGAUGCAAUUCUGUCCAUGUUUGCCAAUAACUUGGACACACCUGAACUUGCUGUGAAGCAGGCAGAAGAAUUGCUCACAUUUGCAGGAGACCCACAAGCAAAAGGUGACGAUGCAGCCAAGCAAAAAGGAGGUUUCCGUGCUCUUAACUUCACAGUGAAGGUCCGCAUUUCGCCACCAAAAAUAAAUCCUGACGCCAGAUCUUUUAACGAUCCUCGUGCUUUGGAGUUUCAAAGAAUGUUGAGAAAAGGUCAAUUUAACUUCACCUUGAUACGCAGAUUCGGAAACUUUCUCGAAGAGAUAGUUGCAUACUGGACACACAGAGUUGCAGAGACUUUAGGCCGCCGAUUCAAUGAUUGGUACACGAGUCCAACAAAAUGUCUUCCCCAUGAACCUUGGAUGGCUGAGGCUUCAGCUGAAAAGGACGAGAUUCAAAGGUAUGUUACACACGACGCAAGAAACAAUUUUGGAUCAAUGGAAGAGCGGGAAAUCGUACUCAGCGCUGCCGUUAUCCAUGAUAUCGUAGCCUCAGUCAAAUUUAACGAACAAUACUACAAUUGGGAGCGAACCUAUGAAGCGAUUGUAAGGUACGUGAAGAGGGACCAUGUUCAACUUGAAUUUGAUAUCCGUGGCGGAUUGACCUUCCCUUCAAUCAGUAGGGGGACCCGAUUUCUCGUUGGAUGUGGGCGAUUCACAAUAGCCGAAGAACCUAAUGCCGAGCUAGAGAAUGACGAAGACAAGAUUGAGAAUGGUAUAGUCCCAGAGGAAGAAGAGAACGAAGCCACUACAGGUGCCACUAACAUCACUAGUAGCCAAGAAAAUCUUGAUACUAAAGUGAUAGAUAAGAACGAAGGCGAGCAAGCCAUCUAUGAUUCCAACGAAGAUGAGGUAUCCGCCCAAGAGGUUGUCAUUGUCGGUUUGAAUAACAUAGAAUGGACCGCUCAAGUUCUCGUAGCCAAGGAAAACAGGCAAUUCGUCAUUUCUUUUAAUAUGCCUAAAGCACAACUUGGCUAUAAAAGUCUAUAUGCCGCACCUACUAAUGCAGCUACAGCAACCGCAUUGUUAUCGAUAUUCAAGGCAACUCAGAAACUAUUUGAGGCUGUUGAUAAUGAAACAACUGGAGUAAAUCCAGCGCCCGGGAUUGUGGCCGAGGUCAAGGAAUCAAAAGAGAAAUUUCGCAUUAUCCACCUUUCAGCCAACGCUUCCACAGAAGAUGACUUUAUGAAGAGAGACGACGAGAUGAAGGAUGGCGAAGAAGAUGAUCCCCUCGAAGCAUACAGAAUCUCGAACCACGUCAUAAAAUCUUUUCAUCGCAAAGCAAACGAUUCUGAGUUGAGCAACACUAUUCGCAACAAGGGACGCAACUGGCUUGCGAUGCUUCGGGAAGGAAAAUCCGUGCCAGCAGAAAGAUUCGUCAAAGAAGGAAUCGACGAAAUAGAAAAUGUUGUUAGGGACGCUCGUACCGAAAUCAUCGUUUCGACUUGCAACAAUUCCGCGGCGCUUCGCGAAAUGGGGUUCAAACCUCAAGUCGUUAUGAUCGACGGUGUAUCUUCUGCUAGAGAACCCGAUUGCAUUAUCCCGCUUACCUUUGAUCAAGCUCAUAUUAUUUUGUAUGGAGACUCGAGGCAGAAGUUGGUGGUGCCGGCUGUUAGAUCUUUUUGGAAAUAA